CUAGCUAAUCUGGAGCACACGACGACGGCGAUGAGCUGGCCGCGCCACGGCGUCGCCCGACGUCAGCAGGGGGUCGCGUGACCGAGCGGCGCCGAGUGGCCCCGCGUUCUCGCUUUCCCCUAACCUGCCUUGUCGUCGUCGUCAUCGUCAGCGCUGUGAUUGUAGCAGCAUUAGCGGAAUACACGGAUCAUAAAAUAGCAUAUACAAAAUUGUGAAACGACAAAGUAGUGCAGCCAAAACCCCAAACAUUUACGCCCGAAAUAUAAAUCUUGAGAAAUUCAAGCGUUGCGACGGUGCAGAAGGGCUCUAUGUGCUCCACCGUGACUUGGGCGAAUGGUACUUUAGUUUCCAAGAGCUUGCUACUGUGGUAUCGAGAAAGGUGCGUCCAGGUGGCCUGUAAUCCGGGUGUGAAACAGCGACAAAAUGCUCAACGAGAUCAGGACGGCGGUACUGUUCUUAGUAAAUCUGAUCGAAAAAAGCGAAAAAUUUAGUCCCGAUCAAUUGGAAUGCUUCAAGCAGCACCUGGUCGAACUGCUGACGGAACGCUUCAAGAACCACUGGUUCCCAGACAAGCCGUUCAAGGGCCAGGGCUACCGUUGCAUUCGCGUCAACGGCCACAAUCGCCGGGACGCGACCCUGGAGAGCGCCGCAAACGCAGCCGGUGUCAAGUACGAGGACUUGGCAUUGCCAGUGGAGUUAACGCUGUGGGUUGAUCCUAACGAAGUCUGUUGUCGGUUUGGCGAGAGCAAGGGAUCGUACUGUACGUUGGCAUCAUUCGACGACAAGGAGAACACCGUACCCAUUUUCGAGGACGAGCAUAACGAGAGCACGGAGGACGAAAACAAGCCAGCCCACGUGGGAUCUAUCAAGAUACAGAAAUCCCCUCUAACCGCAAGCACAGAACAACAGCCGAAAUCAAAACCAUUAAGCAUCGCUAAUCAAAAUCAACAGCAUAGCACUAACGGUACAGGUAAGAGGCGUAACUUGAACAGUCCUAGGCUGCACCUGAACAGAAAUCGUUCGUGGUUCGGCCAUUCCUUCAACAUGGGUUACGGUCCUCAUCCAAUCGGCCAGCCGUGGUACAAUAUAAUGCCCCCGCAUUUCCUCGGUGGCCCUUCUCCGCCACCUUUUAUGGGACACCGAGGGAAUAAGUGGGUACAUCAGCCCUCUUAUCCCGCAGGACCCGCCCGUUUCCAUCAUUGGUCUCCUAAAGCUGCUCUUAAGGUAUAAAGAGAAAUCGUUUUUAAGAAAACGGUUAAAAAACCUGUUUCUUCUUGAAAAGAAAAAAAGGAAAUUUGUAAGAAAAAAACGUAAUUUUACGUAAACUUGUUCUCUGGAUGAGUAUUGUUGUUUUAGUCUGUGACAAAUCAUAUUGUAAUGCAAUUUAUCGUUAAAAGAAUUUUAAUUAAGAUAUUUAUUUAAAUAUGUUUGUAGGUAGAGAUCCCAAAUGAUAAAUUUUUAUAUUGGAAACAGGUUUAUUAACACAUUUCAAUGACGAAAAUUAUCCAUCCUGUAAUUACAAAUGACCUUGUUCGAACUAAGGCUUACGAUUUUUUAUGACGAGAGGUAUCGCCGCAUUAUUACAUGUUACGUAUAUAUAAUAAUAAAUUGGAGUAAUAAAUGUUUAACUCCGGAUGCAAGGUUGCUUGUAAAAAGGUAGAAUAAUUGUGGCAAUUUAAAUAGAACUAGUAAACGACGUAUUAGUAUAUGCGUGAAAUGGAAGUAGACGUCAUGUCAUGACGCGUUAUUUCGAUCGAACUUUUGAAAUAACUUAAACAUUAUUUUCAGAAUAUACGCGCGAGGAAUUAAGAGAAUCUGUCUUUAUCUAAUUGUCGCAAAUCGAUGAAUUAUAUAUGCUUUGUUACAUUUGUUUUGUUACAUCUGUUGUUGUCAAAUGCGUUAUUGAAAUUGUAUAAUUGAAUUGGUAACGCCAUUUGUUUAAGCGUUAAUAGUUUAUGAUCGAGAAAGAAUAAUGGGAAUAAUUUCGAAAGUUUUGAAACUUGAUACAGUUAUUUUCAGUAGAAAAUAAAGUUUAAUUUUAUUACUUUGUCACGUUGCGUACGAUGACAUCUUACUUGUAUGUUUAACGACAAAAUUAAAUUACUGUAGCUUUACAUGUUUUUUAAACGGUUUAGUUGAACUUGUUUCAAUAAACCCUCCAAAAGUGAUAGACCGAUUAUAUCCAUGUCUUAUAUGUAUAGUCUAAAAAGACGAUAAUUAAAACAUAUUUUAUUUAACAUCGAAAAUAUGUUUAUAUAAAAAUACAAUACGUCGACUAAGGCAGAAAGAGGCUUUAUUUCACAUCGAAAAGAAUAUCUAUCAAUAGUCCCAAAACUUUCAAAAUUAGUCCCGUUAUUCUUUCCAUUGUAGUCUAAUUUAAACUGGACUAUAAAUAACCGAUUUUGUUCCGAUAUGACUAAUAUUUGCUCUAUAGGUUUUAUUUGCACAUUAGCUAUAUAUCGUAAUGGAGAAUUGAAUGAAGUGUUAAAAAAAGUUACCUUUCAUUUCGUGCGUGUGUGUGUAUAUAUAUAUAUGUGUAUAUGUAUAUGUAUAUAUGUAUAUAUAUAUAUGUGUAUAUAUAUAUAUAUAUAUAUAUAUAUAUAUAUAUAUAUAUAUAUGUUACAAUCGAUUGUAAUUGCGUGAUAAACGUUCAAUGAAUCUUGAUAUAUUUUCCCAUUUGGAUAAAUUUGAUUUUAUAUACAUAUAUAUAUUAUUAUAUUAUCUAACAAAGUGGGGGAACAAAAUCGUUCUAUCCUCCCGUGUGAAAGGUAACGACGCGAAUGCACUCUAUUAGUUUUAGCGGGAAAAAAAAGAAAAUUCACUUGUUAUUAAAACAUACUGCCGCCAUUGAGAUUUUUUAUUGAUGAUCAAUACCGCUGUUGGAUUAACCAGCACCGACACUAAAAUUAAUCGCGCUGCCAUAUGCAGUUAGACAAGUUGUUGUCGUCGUGUUCGAUGAAUGGACGAACGUGUCGAAUUUAUACUUAUAAAUCACAUGUUAUUUUUAACUCUACUCGUUUUUGCGUAUAUUCGUCGUUUUGCGUACAUUCAGUUUCUUAUGUAAUUCAAACAAUAACGUAACCGUCAAUGCAAUAGUAAUCAAUGUCAUGUCACUGUACAUUCGGCCUUUUAUAUAUACAUAUAUAUAUAUAUAUUGUACAGAAUUUAUGAGAAUUUAUGAUCAAUAAUAUAUAUUUACUUAUACAUAUGUUGGCUUUAUAUACAUAAUACGUAUUUCUUGUUUUCAUCGUGGUGUUAUCUUUAUAUAUAUAUUAUGAGUGAAUAUGUUAAUGUGUACGUCGAAAAAUGUAAUUCUUAUUUGUGAUUUAUUCUGUAAGAUCAGUUGUUCCUUCGAGAUACUUUUAUUGUGUUCACAGUACAUUAAUGCCGAAUUAAAUAUUUAAUUUUAUUUCGCGAUGGUUAGUUAAGUUUGCUAUGUAGUUAGUGUGAUCUUAUCUUAAACAGAAUCUUAUCUAUAACAGAUAAAGAAUACUUAUGUAUAUUUUGAAUUAUAAUUAACAGUAGUAUAGAAAUAUACAAUUUUUUAUUACGUGUUUAAUAAGUUUCCAUAUGCUUGUCUGUAUCAUAUAUUUAGAAAAUUCAUGAAAAAGUAGUUUCUUAACAGAAAUCAAUAGAAAUUUUCGUAAGUCAACUUCUUUACUAAUUUCCGAUAUUAAUUUUUCGUGAAAUUCAAAACUAGAAUUAAAGAUUACAAAAUUUCUUGAAAAUUAGAUCUACAGAGUAUCUUGUAAAAUCAUCUUAUCAUCAAUAACUCGUUACUUUUCGAUUUUGGGUACUGCCAUAAAUCCAUAGGUCCAUAAAUCGGAUGAACCUAGUCCGAAACAAUUGACAUUGUGCAAUACAUCAUUGUGGAAUAAACAAAACGCGAAUCUUCUCGAAGGAACAAUUUUUGUUACGUGAACAAUCGACAUUGCGAAUAUAUCCUCUGUAAUCUCAAGAUAAAAAGUCUCCGAGAAGUACGAGGUGCAUUCCUACUUUGCACUAAUUUAUAGCAGAAAUAAAACACUUUUAAGUAAUCGUUUCGGUAAUACGGUAGACACAUGAGGAUCGGAGAGUAUGUUAUAUUUAAUGUUGCAUGGUAGAAUUAUAGUUGUGCUCGAUACAUGUGGACUCUGAUACUAGAACUGUUGCCGGAUGUGGGAACGAUCAAGAUUAAUCUAGAUGUGUAUCGUGAAAAAGUAGACUACGUUAGCCGACAUUUUAAUCAAAGGUAUAGGAUGACUUGUCGUAAUGUCUUCUCGCGGCCUCGUUUCGCGUAACGGAGGUACCGCAAUUUCAUUUCGUCGAACACUGAACGCCUCCACCUUGAGGUCUGAUUGCUGACGUUCAGUAAAGUGAAUUGGUUUCUUUCUCGGCGAAUAAAUCGCAAUAUAGUCACAGUUCGCGUUUUUCUAACGCGAAUUGUAAUGUCAACUAAAUUCAUUAACGAUAUUAAAAGAACUUUGUUUAACGCACUGGCCUCGGGAGGAUUUAGUUUGUGUAAUAAAGAUAAAAUUGAGACUAUUUACACGAUGAAACGACAGUGCCUCCGUUAGAACGAAGAGAAGCCGGUGUGAACCGGGUCGUUCCGUAUGUAGCGCAAUUCAGCAACUUUCACGUUUUACAAUUAACACCGUUAGCUAAAUACAUGUAAUCUGCCCUAGCGUAGGAACUUUGUGUUCAAUUUGUUAAAAGCCUUAUUCAGAAGAGUUAUGUUGUUGUUAUGUAGGAAUAUGGAAAGUCUAUAUAGAUAUUAUAUAUAUUACAAAUAUAUUACGGCAUGUGUGUGUAGAAUGAAGCAAUAUUGCAUUCGGACAUAUUCUUUUAUUAAUAUUCUUACAUAAUACACGAACACACACACACACACACAUACACACACACACGUAUAUAAUAUAUAUAUACGUAUAUGUAUAUGUGCAUAAAUAUAUAUACAUGCGUGUACACUCGCGUACACUCAUAUAUAUAUACACAUAUGUACAUGUAUACGCGCAUAAAAGUAUAUGUAUGUAUAUAUACUAUAUCAAUGAGAGAAAGAGAAAGACGAAAAAAGGCGCUCAACAUUUGAAAUGUUCCAAACUUUCUAACUGUGUUCACAUGUAGAAAAAAAAAAUUGCGAAACCGAAUGCGACAACAACGUACCUUUUCUUAAUGAUAAGUAGAUAGUCAAUUACUUUAUACGAGAAACAGAUACAUAUACGUUUUGCCUUUCUUGCGUGAUCAACGGUAAAACGCAGCGGACAGGCGUGCUCACGAAAAAAAGAAACAAUAUCAUUGUAAUAGAAAAUCUGGAAUGCGAUACGCACGAGGUGACUAGAACGAAUAUUAAUGACCAUUUCCACCAAUGCAUUCUCUAUAAAUCUUGUACGGUAAAAAUGGAGCUCGUGCAAUUAUUACGAGUGAUUUGUCAUUCUGUAAGAGUUAAAGUUCGCUCAUAUAGGACUGAAUAGGACUUCAAUAAGAGUAAUUUUUACUUUUAUAAAAAAAAAGAUUAGAUCAACACUCAUUGUCUCAUAUAUAUCAAAGGAAUAUAAAACCUUUAAAAAGUUUGGCAAUUUUUAAUUUCGGCAAUAUAUUUUUAUUUCAAUAUUAUAAUAGCCUAAAGAGUAUUUUGACAAUAACAGUAGCUUAUUAAAAAAAUUAUUUUCUUUAAUUCAUGAAAUUUAUUAAAUAGAAAUAAAUAUAUAUGUAUAUAUAUUUUUUUAUGAAACAAAUUUUCUUCAUAUAAGAAAAUUGUCUGUUAAUGAAAUUCUUUAAAGUUUCCAUAUUCGUGUGUCAUUGUAAGACAAUUGUCUUUGUAAGACAAUGAUUGUUGAUUUGAUACUAAUUUUUUUCCUGUGUUGGAAUAGCAAAUCACCCGAUUAAUUGCACAAGCUCAAUUUCCACUUUUUUAGAGUGACGUUUCGCUCUAUGAGAUUUAGAAAGUAGAUUAACUUUAGUUUCGAUUUAAUUUAAUUUUCUAGUUCUAAAUAUUAGAGAAAGAUAAGGAGCAAGAUUAAAGCGAAAUUAAAGUUACCCCACAUUGGUAGAAAUGGACACAACAUGACGGAUCGACGGCUUGCGAUCAGCACAAAACUUUAUACUUAUCCUACUUUCGCCGGACGUUUUAGCACCUUGAAUCCGGCAGCUCUAUUUUGCGUUUUAUUUUCUACUCGGCUUAUCGGAACUGCGUAUCUAAAUGAGACUGCAUUCACACGUUGUGUAACGCGUGCUAUGGAAGGUGGAGAGUCGAUGGAACGAAUAAUAGAUUACAAAAGGAUCUCGGUCGUGCGAGGCGCGAGACGAAUCGAUGUUACGUGUCGCGCGCGUUAGAUCGGUGUCGGAUUCAAAGUGUUAAAUCGCAUUAUAUUAUAUAUACGGACAGCACGAGAGUAUUGGUGCCUUUUCCCUCGGAAGCAAAAAAGAAAAAAAAAUACCGUAUACGUGACUUCAUUGACUUGUAUCACGAUUUAUUCCAUUGUACAGUUUCUUACGAAAGCGAGAUCGUAUUUCACAUUUUCCCAUGACACGCUGAGUUCUCCAGUAACGAGAGACAUUAACAGGAAGCGGCCGAUCGGCACUUGCCGUAUCGAGAGAAGAACGUAUUAAUGUUUGGAUCAUUUCGAUUGUGUAGGAUAUAGAACAUCAUGUAAACGUAUACAUAUAUACAUAUAUUUCCCAUCUAAUGUUGUGUCAUACGUUGUAAGGAUAUUUCUUCUUGCAUAACUGUUUCAAUGAUACCGGACGAAUAUAGAGAAAAACGGUACGAUUUUCUUCUAAUACGAUAUCGAGGUAAAAUAAAUAAAAAUGAUUGUCGACUGUCGAUGCCGUUUAAAACGAAAUGAAUUGAUGCAUUUGGGCAGAAAUAGGGAUAAUAUACUUAUUAUUUUAAUUGAAGUUUGCGAAAAUAAUAUCACAUGAAACAAGAAACUUUGUUAAUUUAAUUUGUAAGUAGUAAAUUUAUAAAAAUACGUAAUCUUAUAAUCUUCGGUUCUGAAUCUGAAUAGAUAAAUUAUGUACAUUUAUUCGUAUAAAAAAAAAAAAAAUUUGCGCCAACACACCGCCAUUGUAUAUUUAAGAGGAAAGAAUUGAUUAAUCAAGAUGCAUAUUAAUUUAGUAGGAAGAAAAAAAUUACGUGAUAUCGAAUAAUUAGAGUAACUGAAUGAAGAAAAAGAAACCGGUGUUCUUCUGCUCAUUUUGUUGUACAACUUUUGUAUAUUUCUCAAUAGGUACAAUACGGCUACGCGCAGCAAACAAUAUGCUUUCGCGUUUAUCCAUAUCGUAUGCUGAAGCAACAUACUUUCGGAUCGCCGAUAACACCGCGUCUCAUAUUUCGCACGACGUUAAAUUACGACUUAUACAUUUUGCAAUCGAGGCUGAACACGAAUGUAUGGUUUCGUCAUGCUUAAUCAAUCAAAUUUUAUCGUUGAACGCGUCCGUUUCAUGUGGCCAGGCUAGCGCUUUUGGAAUUUCUCGAUUAAAAGUCGGCGUUUUCGUGCCGAAUCACCGAUCGCGCAAGGACUUCGGCUGCGGCCGAUGCUACUUGCACAGCAAGUUAGAUAAGGAUUUCCUCUGUCGUAUGUAGUUUCUACGAUGUAGCAAAAAUUGCUAAUGCGGCUCGCGAAAUCGGCAAAGGCGUUACGAACUGCGAUAUUUGACGGCAAGGAGGAAUUUCCUCGGAACGGAAUUUUUUUCGAGGCAGGAAUGCGACGCCGUGAUAUCUUCCAAGAUGAGCUUAAUGGACACUUCUCGAAGUCAAUAAAAAAAAAAAAAAAUCAAUGGUGUUUUUGUUUAAUACUUAGUACUGAAAUAUGAUUUGUUUAACAUUUAAUAUUGAAAUUAAAUUUAAUAUUAAAAAUUUUAAUUAUACUAUUUUAUUAUUAUCAUAUUAGUUUUAUUACAGCUCAUUAAUCUCAUCGUUUGAAAAUAUCGAUUUGAUGCAUCAUUAACGGCGUUACAGCAACCUAAUAUAUACUUACUAUUCUUUUGUUACUUUUUGAAUAUGUAUGUAUAUAUAUGGUUUACAUUUGCACAAAAAUUACGCAAAAUUUCUACGUAGCGAACAAAUUAAUUUUAUUUGUAUGCAAUGAAGGAAAGAUUUACCUAAAGUGAAGCCGCGUUUGUAACGCCUUUGUUUUUGCAACCCGCACCAGAGUUUUAACAUUGUUGUCAGUAGUGAUUAUUGUCUGAUCAGAAAUUGUCUGAUCAGAACAAGCGCUCGACCAUUGUCGCACUCUGUAUAUAUAUCUACAUAAAUAUUAUACGAAUGUUAUACAUGCAUACACUGGAUUGUUCAAGAAAGGUGUCUUACGAGUAAUUAUUCCAAGUGACAUAUUUUUUACUCUCAAAAAUUUAUUCAUAUUUGUUUUGUAAUCUAUUUUUUUUAUGUCGAAUUUAAUUGAUCUUGUUCUAUUUAUUUAAUUCUUCGAUAUUGAGUCGAUUAUUUUAUGAUAUGACUAAUAUGACUUAUUUAAAACUAUUUUAAAAUAUAUAGUUUUUAUAUUUUUGUUAUAUACUUAAUAUAUUUUGUUGUAAUAAGUGUAAAUGUAUUAAUUGAAAUUGACUUGAAAUUGUAGUGGCCGAGUGUUUGCGUGGAAUUUUUCGUGUGGCCGAGUAGCAAGAAUGGAUAUGCUGUGUUUGAACGUAUGGCAUCAUCUCUUUUCUUCUGUUAGCCAAAGAAAUCGGAUAAUAUUGAUUGUUCCGUUCUCAAGACGUUGGAGUAUCCGUUCCAAAAAAAGAAGGAUAAAUGUAUUCGUGACUGUUAUAAACGCCGCCCUUCUGGCAAUCCCGUAUGUACUUCUCAGAUCGGAAAAGAAGCAACAUUGGUCAACGUUGAUGAUCAGUGAAAAUCUUAAAAUUAGCUUACGAUCAAAUAACUUGUACAUUUAGGCAAAGUUAACUUCAGCUGCAUUAUGAAUCCCGACCGAUGUAUUCGCGGUCCUAUUUCGACAUGUGGCAAUUUUUUCUAUAAAGUUCGAGCACACAGAUACACUUUGAUUCGACGACUUUUCAAGUAUUCUCUUUGACACGAUAUCGUGAACAUUUAAUGUUAUUAUGAUUGUAUUAACGCCAUUAACGACUUAUAAUUAAAUAAAUCAUGUAUGGGGAUGUAACACACAUUUAAUAAAUACUUUUGCAAAUCAA